AUGUACGACAAGCGAACAGGCAAAAUGUGCCAGCUCCAUGAACAAAACACCGAACUUGACGCCAGUUUCGAUGUGAUCGUGGGAACCAUGCGCCUUCAGCAGAAGUUACGCUGCCUAAACUCUGGGCCACACGCACAGAUUACAACGACAGUCAACUUUAGCAAGCACAACAGCGCCUUUGUCAACCUCGAGGGUCUUGCCGAUAACUCUCUUCUACUUACCUUCAAAAUCCUUUCGGCUAUUCAAAUAACCCAAGUCGAGCCAAACGCCAUCCAGAAUUCGGGCACCAACGGAGCCAGAGUCAAAGAUGCCUUGAACAAUGGAACAAGUGCCAAUGGCAUCUUCCUAAAAGGCACCAGUGUCCAAGAAAAACACAAGAAGCUGGGGUCAAAGCCAAUACUCCGACAAGAAGUCUUGGGUUUCUUCCCUGACAACCAAACAAACGAGUGCCCACUCUUCAAAGUCGUAAAUGCGAACCUGGACAUGGAGAAGACUAUGCAACUGCAUCUACCCAAGGACCGCAUCAGUUCAUGGAUGACAGUCGGCCUAAUUUUGCUUACUUUCCGCGAGAUCACAGCUACCAUCUGGCACCGAAUCACCACCCAACAAAAGGGCAAGGACGUGGCAGGGCUCAACUGGGUCCAGGUCCGAGAGCAAACAGCUCAAAUCUCGGUAGUCAUGACCCUCGAAGCGAAGCGAAGAGUUCAGGCUGCCCUCGACAAGGAAAGGGCACGAUCUACUGCAAUUAUGCAACAGGCUGUCUAUCUCGGAUUGCAGGGAGAUCCUACAGGGCGAUACAUUGGUUUCUCGGCCCGUGUGCGUCCAGCUCAAUAUGGCCAAUUGCGCGCAGGAGAUCUGGGAUUCCGAGGCUGA